UAUCUGAUUGGUCAGGACUGAGACUCUCCCUCUUCAUGCGGAAGUUGUAGUUCUCUGUCACUACUGUCACUUUCUAGCAUUCAGUUCUGCAGGUGAAGCAUCGGAGUCGGUCUGUCCCUGAAACGGAGAGUCCACAGAAAUGUCUUUGUCAUUCGAAGGAAGAGUGGCGCUUGUCACUGGCGCUGGAGGAGGUCUUGGCAAGGAAUAUGCACUGGCCUUCGCUUCAAGAGGAGCCUCUGUUGUUGUGAAUGACCUUGGGGUAGACACAAAAGGAGGUGGAAGAAGUUCUGCAGCUGCCGAUAAGGUGGUGGAGGAGAUAAGAGUAAAGGGGGGCAAAGCUGUGGCAAACUAUGAUUCUGUUGAAGAUGGAGAGAAGCUGAUCCAAAGUGCCCUUGAUGCCUUUGGAAGAAUUGAUAUUGUUGUGAACAAUGCUGGAAUACUUCGUGACCGUUCAUUUGCCAGAACCAGUGAUUUGGACUGGGACCUUAUCCAUAGAGUUCACUUAAGAGGGUCAUUCUUGGUAACACGAGCUGCCUGGAACCACAUGAAGAAACAAAAUUUUGGCAGAAUCAUCAUGACUGCGUCAGCUGCGGGCAUUUAUGGUAACUUCGGCCAGGCCAACUACAGCGCUGCCAAGUUAGGCCUGCUGGGGCUGGCUAACACUUUGGCCAUCGAGGGACGCAAGUACAACAUCCACUGCAACACAAUCGCUCCUGUGGCGGGGUCCCGCCUCACGGAGACCGUCAUGCCGCCAGACCUUGUGGCGUCUCUGAAGCCUGAGUACGUCGCCCCUCUGGUUCUCUGGCUCUGUCAUGAACAAUGCCAAGAAAAUGGAGGACUGUUCGAGGCUGGCGCAGGCUGGAUUGGUAAAUUACGCUGGGAGCGAACUGAGGGCCGGAUUGUGAGGCAGAGGAACAAACCUAUGACUCCUGAGGGGGUCCGGGACCAGUGGGACGCGAUCUGUGAUUUUGAAAAUGCCACCAAGCCAGCUAAUGUACAAGAGUCUCUGCAUUCAGUUGUGAGUGUGCUGUCUCAAGUGGAGUCAGAUGGAGAAGUUGGUGCAAAUCCAGCAGCAGCUGCCGCCUCCGGAGCAACAGGAUCAGGGUUUAAUCCUGCGGAAGCUAUCGGACAAAAACUUCCCUCAAGCUCGUUCAGCUUCACCUCUAACCAGUGCAUCCUCUACGCGCUGGGAGUCGGCAUGUCCACCAGAGAUCCAGACAGCCUCAGGUUCCUGUACGAAGGGCAUCAAGACUUCAGCUGCCUCCCCACGUUCGGGGUCAUCCCCUCGCAGGCCGCCACGAUGGGCGGCGGCCUCAGCUCCGUCCCUGGACUCAGCAUAGACUUCACACAGGUUUUGCAUGGAGAGCAGUAUCUGGAGCUUUACAAACCUCUGCCUACUUCAGGCACCCUUACCUCUGAGACCACAGUCGCAGACGUCCUGGACAAAGGAUCCGGAGCCGUCAUCCUGCUGGACGCGAACACCUACAACGGCGACGAACUCGUGUGCUACAACCAGUUCUCAGUGUUUGUGGUUGGAGCUGGACGCUUCGGAGGAAAGAGGAGCUCAGACAAAGCUAAAGCUCCUCUGCCUCCACCCAAGCGCGCACCAGAUGCUGUGGUGAUUGAAUCAACCACAGGAGACCAAGCCGCCUUGUACCGUCUGAGCGGAGACUGGAACCCUCUGCACAUAGACCCCGGCUUCGCCGCCAUGGGAGGUGAGAGCAGAACAAGACGAACCGCUGUUCGUUCCGGACUCCCUGUCUUCUUUUGUUUUGUUUUUUUUGUUUUUUUUCCUUCUUUCUCAAAUGAUGUUACCACCAUCUCAUUUAUUCUUGCUCAUGCUGUGUUUAAAAAUGCUACUGGGUCAGGCUUCAGGGCUCCCAUCCUGCAUGGCUUGUGUUCGUUCGGCUUCGCUGCGAGACACGUCCUCAAGCGCUUCGCCAACAACGACCCGGCGAAGUUCAAGGCCAUAAAGGUCCGCUUUGCGAGGCCCGUGUUUCCGGGUCAGUCGCUGCAAACCGAGAUGUGGAAGGAGGGCAGCCGGAUCCACAUCCAGUGUAAAGUGAAGGAGACGGGUGAUGUCGCUCUGGCUGGGGGCUACGUGGAUUUGCACGGCACAUCAGAAGCUUCUCCUGAAAUUCUCCCUCAGGGAGGAGGCCUUCAGAGCGACCUGGUGUUUGCAGAGAUCGGGCGGCGCGUUAAAGAUCUGGGCUCAGAGCUGGUCAAGAAGGUGAACGCCGUGUUCGGCUGGGAGAUCACCAAGGCCGGCGAGAAAGCUGCAGAGUGGACCAUUGAUCUGAAGAACGGCAGCGGCUCUGUGCUCAGAGGGCCGCCCGGCGGGAAGGUCGACGUGACCUUCACUCUGUCAGACGAGGACUUCAUGGAGGUGGUGACGGGGAAGCUUCAGCCUCAGAAGGCCUUCUUCUCCGGCAAGCUGAAGGUAAGAGGGAACAUCAUGCUGAGUCAGAAGCUGGAGGUCAUCCUGAAAGACUACGCCAAGCUGUGAGCGCCGCCGCCGCCAACCAAUCAGACGGCUUCAGGAACCCGACCACAUCGACUCCCUCCUGCUUUGUGUUUGGUGACCAUUUCUUGGCUCUCUAAGGAAAUUCAUUAAAAAAAAAAAAAAAAUUACCCACUGAGACAUUUCAGGAAUGAAUUUAUCUCCAUUGAAUUAAUUUAAGGACUCCCAAACUGCCUAAUCCAAGCAUCAGGUGGGGAAAUGUUUUGGUUCAAUCACAUCUUUAGCUGCUCAAGUCCCUUCAGAAUAUUUAAUUAACCACAAUUUUCAUGAAUGUUUAUUCACAUUUUAAUAACGCACAAGUUGAAUUUAUUAACGUUUCAGUUAAACUGAAAUAAUCAAAGUCUAGAGCAGCUUUUAUGAUUUAUAUUCUCUUUUCAUGACUAAUUUACCAAAGUCAGAGGCAGUUUGAUGUGUCUGAUGCUCUAAUCAGCUCAGUUUAUACUAAUGUAAACUUUUACUGUAUUUCAACUUUAUUUGUGCAAUUUAAUGCAAAGUAACAUUUGCUCUUGUAAAAUAAAUUGUGACUCUAAUUAAAGCCUUAAUGUGUUAUCUCA